GAUCAGACCUGAGAUUUCAGACCCAUGAUUUCUGACUCCAACUCUAGUAUUCUUACCAUAUCCUACGUAUAUGUUCUUACCAUAUCGUUCUAAAAGAUUGUCUUCUCCUCAGCUUUCUGUUCUUCUCACUUUCACCUUAGCCUACUGGGAUCGUACAUUUUAUGGAAACAGAUGCCAAGAAAGCCUAGGAAUCCCAGCCCCAGGAGGGACCUGCCCAUCAACUUUAACCGCUAUGCCACAAAAAAGAGUGUUUCGGAGAGCAUGCUGGAUGUGGCCCUCUUCAUGUCCAAUGCCACUCGACUGAAGGCUGUUCUGGAACAGGAACCAUCCUCCCCCUACUACAUAAUCCUGGUCACCCUCCUCAGCAUCUCUCUCCUCUUGCAGGUGGUCAUUGGGAUCCUCCUCAUCAUAACUGCUCGAAUGAAUUUGAAUGAGGUGUCAAAGCAACAGUGGCUGAACCAGCUCAACAAUACAACAAUGGUCAUGGUCUUCCUAACUGUCAUCAUCAACAUUUUCAUCACGGCCUUUGGGGUACAGAAGAUAGGGCAACCCUGGCCCACACCCAGGCCCUACUGAAUCUAGCCUGGGGCCUAGGUGAGUGCCCUGGAGCGCUUUCUACUUCCUUUCCCUUUGACUUCUGCCAGCUCUGAGGACCUCUGCCCAGCUUAUUGGGCCUUCCCCGUAGCACCUGGAAAGGCUCCUAACGUGGAAGUGUUAAAUCCCCAGUACAAGUAUUUGGUUCUAUUGGUCAAUGUGAAAUCUGUAUUGGUAGCUCUGGAUGCCUUGUGCCCAGAGUGGGGGACACUGUCAUCCUUUCUAGUACUGUUCUCUCAAACCCACAACUCUGUUACAAGGUGCGUGAGUCUGGAGUUACUGCCUCCAGGUCAACCAUAUUCCUUUUCCUAUUGCAUACCCAUCCUCCUCUUUCUAAAAAGAAAAGAGCAAUCUCUAACUAUAAAGUG